AUGGGUAUAUUCUGUGUGUUAGAAAUAAUGUUUUAUGAAAUUCACUUAUUUUUAACUUCUUUGAUGAUUUCCUUUAUUGUUUUCUUUUAUUUUAGAUUGAAUAUAUUUGUUUUAUAUCAUCUUUUCUUUAUCUUUUAUUUUUUAUUUAUUCACUCUUCAUUAAUUUCUUUUACCAUUCUUAUUAUUUAUUUUAUUAUUUCCCUUCCUUCUUUUAUCCCCUUAAUUAUUAAUUUCUUGUUUUAUUUUCUUUACAAGAAUAAAAGUAUUAUAAAAACAAUGAUAAUAUUAUUUGAUAUAUUCUAUGUAUUGAAAACAAUAGUUAUUAAAAUAAAUAAGAGGGCAAAAUAUAAUAAUUAA